AUGGCCGAUAAUUUCGACUUCCACGCGAUAGUCGGUGAAGUCAACGUUUUAUUUGACAGUAUAAAUCAUCAGACGCCGGAAAUAUUAGCUAAAAAACUCAACGAGCAAUGUGAAAAACGGCGUUCAGACAGACACAGAGAAAUUGAUCAAGCGUAUGACAAGAAAAAAACGGAAAUUGAUCGAUUUGUACAAGAAAAUUUUCAAAACUAUCAAACAAAACAAGCACGAGCCAUUCAAGAUUUGAGAGAACAGGCGAGCAACGCGACACCUGAACAAGUUCAACGUUUGAAAGAAACAUUACAUAAUAUUGAACAGAAUUCUGACUUUUUUAAUGUCGAAACGGUUCGAUUGAAUACUGGUGAAUUGGAUUCACGUUUCUCCCCUUGGCAAGAUGCAAAUGCGCCUCCGCCACCCAGCUAUAAUGAAGUCGUUGCUUUACAACAAAGACGUUUUGAUUUGGCACAGUUAAUGGAAGCUGGUAGAACGCUGCAGCUUUCGGGAAAAUAUUCAACGAAAUUUGCGGCUAAUGAAACGCAUGCAUUGAUUGAAAACGGUAGUAAAUUACGUUUAUAUGAUUAUGCUUUCAAUAUUGUGAAACAAACGGAAACGAUUGGCAACCAUAAAAUAAGAGACAUUCGUUGGUGUUCGCUUCUUAGCAAGUUUUUUAUAUUAAUAGAAGACUGCGUAUAUUCUCUUGAUGAGGCAACAAUGUCAGUGCGUACACUCAAAGAAGCAAAAAACGACGACAAAUAUCUUUGUCUUGCGUGUACCGAAGAUUCAUUUUUAUUAGCGUACGAUGAAUGGUCAGCAGAGAUUGAGGAAUUCACUCUAUCGUCGUCGACGGGUAAAAUAACGGAAGAGAAUGUAAUACUGAAAUGCUCAAAACAUGAACGUAUUUUCAACCUUGAAUAUCACGAAGGUAAUGUUGCUUUGGUUAUUGGCAAUCGAAAACGUAAAGAAUUUCGUCUUGAACUGAAAAUUAUUCACAAUAUGGAAACUGUAUGGUCUCUCAAUUUCGACGUUCCUUACGACCCGUAUGGGUUAUGUAAAUUGUCCGAAAACGAGUGGCUCGUUGCUACACAGAACCAUAACGAUAUUUAUCAAAUAUCGUCGGAUGGAAAAGUGAAGGACACGCGUGCCUACUUUGAUAAGUUAGAUGUGGUCACUAUGGUAUCUGGCAACAAAAUACUUAUUUCUACAAAUAACAAAAUCUAUCUUCACCAUUUUUGA